CCCGCUCGUGACCCCCGCCCGGCGCGAGCCUGUCCCCGCCUCUCGACACUUGACCCAGCCCCCGUCCCUACGCCCAGUGCGGUCGCCCCGGAGCCGCGGGAGCGGCGGCGGCAGGGGGAGGCGGGAGAGGAGGGCCGAGCCGGCGGCCGGGAAGGCCCGGUUUUCGAAGCCGCUUCUCUGCCCGAGGAAUUAUUCUUGACAGAAGUAUUUUAAGAGAAAAAUCAUUACAAUGGCCUCAGCAGUACUUAAUUCUGUUCCUACUACUGCUUCCCGUUUUGCCCUGUUACAAGUGGAUAGUGGCAGUGGUUCUGAUUCUGAGCCUGGAAAAGGCAAAGGUCGGAAUACUGGAAAGUCUCAAACAAGCAAGUCAACUACAAAUGAGAAAAAGAGAGAGAAAAGAAGAAAAAAGAAGGAACAGCAACAGAGUGAAGCAAAUGAGCUCAGGAAUCUUGCUUUUAAGAAAAUUCCUCAGAAAUCCUCCCAUGCCAUUUGUAAUGCUCAACAUGAGCUUUCAUUACCAAACCCAGUACAGAAGGAUUCACGAGAAGAAAACUGGCAAGAGUGGAGACAAAGAGAUGAGCAGCUGACGUCUGAAAUGUUUGAAGCAGAUCUUGAGAAGGCAUUGUUGCUAAGUAAAUUAGAAUAUGAAGAACAUAAAAAGGAGUAUGAAAAUGCUGAAAAUGCUUCAUCUCAGUCAAAAGUGAUGAAUAAAAAAGAUAAAAGAAAGAACCAUCAGGGAAAAGACAAACCUCUCACGAUAUCACUAAAAGAUUUUCAAUCUGAAGAUCACAUUAGUAAAAAGACUGAGGAAUUGAGUUCUUCUCAGACUUUAUCACAUGAUGGAGGAUUCUUCAAUAGACUGGAAGAUGAUGUUCAUAAAAUUCUUAUUAGAGAAAAAAGAAGAGAACAGCUUACAGAAUAUAAUGGAACAGAUAAUUGCACAGCUCAUGAACACAACCAGGAAGUAGUUCUAAAAGAUGGAAGAAUUGAAAGACUAAAGUUGGAACUUGAAAGGAAAGAUGCCGAAAUCCAGAAACUAAAAAAUGUGAUCAUUCAAUGGGAGGCAAAGUAUAAAGAAGUAAAGGCAAGAAAUGCACAGUUAUUGAAAAUGCUUCAGGAAGGUGAAAUGAAAGAUAAAGCGGAAAUACUUCUACAAGUUGAUGAAUCGCAAAGUAUCAAGAAUGAGCUAACUAUACAGGUGACUUCACUUCAUGCUGCAUUAGAACAAGAAAGAUCUAGAGUGAAAGUAUUACAAGCAGAAUUAGCCAGAUAUCAGGGUGGCAGAAAAGGGAAAAGAAACUCUGAAUCCGACCAGUAUAGGUGAUUCCAUUAGCCUUUGGGUCAACACAAAAGUUAAAACUUUCAGGGUUUUGCAAAAAUGUAUAUAUUUAAUGCUGUGCAACUGCUAAACUAUGCAGUUUUUGUUGAAGAAACCUAAAACAAUUAGCUCACUAACAGUCUAUAGUUUUAUGUCCUUUUGGCUUAAAGUGGAAAGAAGAAAACUAGAACUCCAACAGAACUCAAUGAUUAUUGUUUACUAUCCAUAUUUCUUAUCACUUUAGUUUUUCAUCAGUCAAUAAAACUAAUUUACUCUUCCAUUAA